UGGCUUACAGCACGAAUACCUUCUGUGUUAAGCUGAUGUGUCGUAUUCCCAUCUCUGUGUAGGUUCGCCUAGAUGGUUGCAGCAGACUGACUGAUGCUGGAUGUGCUGUUCUCGUCAACACGAAGCCCAACCUCACCAUAUCAGCCAUGGCUACAUCCGUGGCACACAUCAAUCAUGGAGCUGGCAUGCGGGGAUGCCCUCUUGUCACGGACCCAAACAACAGUAAAGAGCGUACAAAGCUUCAGUAUGGUCAAAGCGUGAUAGUCCCACACACAGGAGUGGACAUAUGUCUGUCGGAGUAUCUUGCCAAGAAAACCCGAAAUAGUCGUAAUGGCGCCCUGCUGUGUCACAUGACAGACUGGAGAAUCAAGAAUAGGUGUCUGGGACUCACAGAGAUGGAACAUUCCAAUCCGCUGUUUGACAUCCUGUUGCCUAGCAACCCAGCCCAGGUACUGAUCCCAGUUGCAGCUGCCUGUGAUUUGAGUGAAGCACGGGCUCACAUCGCCACCACCAUCACCAGAGUGCUGGGCAAGGAAUACAUCAACCCCGUCUUGAGGCAGGACCAGCUACAGGCCAUCACCACGGACCACUUCAUGGACAUCCAUGUCCUACAGAAAAUUGACUUCACCCCGGAUGGGAAGAUGAAAAACAUCUCCCUGUCUGAGAAAGUUGUUGGUGUCUUCGUGUCAAGGCAGCCUCUGAGUCGCAGCAACACCUACUUUGAAGUGGAAGUCCUGGCUCAUGACGGUACGAAGGAGCUCGGCAUGGUUCUCGGAUGCAUGUUUGAUGUCCUCUUCUCUGCCAGAUUCCCCAUGGAUGUGAACGAACAGAAAGGGGGAGCAGUGGAAGGAGUUGAGAUUAAGCCAGAUGAUGUCUUCGGUUUUGGAAUUGAGGGAGAAUGGGAUUCUGAAUAUGUUCCGAGGGAAGGGGCCUGCAGCUUUUUCUACACGAAGAAUGGAACUAGAAUGGAGGACAAGGCUGUCAAGGAGACGCCCCAUAUUGGCAUGUACCCUCUUGUCACAAUCAUCGGGAACGGAGUUGCAGAAAUCAAAGUGAAGAAUUUGAAUUCUCCUCCUCAGGGUUUGAUUACCCAAUGGGAAAGAGACAAGAAGACAUUUGAACAAGGUUACCUUCAGAACAUGCUUUGUGAUGAAGACGGUGUACUAUCAUUUGCCAAAUCCUACAAGACCUCUGACCUGAAGGGACUGUGUGUCAACCUACUCCCAAUUACCAAGGCCAACAACAGUUGUACUGUUCAGUUGGUCAAGCAAGGACAGAAUGGCCAUGUUACUAUUGGCCUUGGACCAGAGAACCUCUCUGGUGAGCAGGGCAUCGGCAGUACGGCAGGGUCAGCUGGUUUCAGUCUCACGGAUGGAAUGAUCAUGGUUAACAAGUCAAGAACAGAGACCAACACCCCUUGCAAAGUUGGAGACAAGGUGACCUUGGUUGUCAGUGGCUUCACCACAGACUUGAUUCAACCUGAACAGAAAAUCAAAGUUACAGUCUCUGUCAACAAAAAAGAGGUUGGUAGUUGUGACCUGGUGUUCACUACAACACUGGGCAACAGGUGUGUGUUCCAAGUCAGCAUAGACAAUGAGGACAAUCAGGUGCAACUCCUUAAUUACCGGAAACCAUACAUGUCACAGCCACCAGUCAUGGACAAGCUGACAAUGGGUCGUUCAAACUACAUUAAUGUGUACGAUGAUGGCACUCUUCAGUACAGAAAAUUUGAUUCUCGUGCACAUUUUGGGCUGUACAUGUCCAAGACAGCACUGAACGCCCAGCUGAGAUAUUUUGAGAUGCAGAUUCAGAGCUCAUCCCCACACAAGCACAUUGGUAUCGGUCUGUGCCAUCGCAGCUACAGGAUCAACAACAUGCCUGGCUCGCGGCUCCAUUGCUUACCAUGCGGAUAA